ACUCCACCAUGGCGGCGAGAGGCCAUGUGCAGGACCCAAACGACAGGAGGCUCAGACCCAUAUACGAUUACCUUGAUAAUGGCAACAACAAAAUGGCCAUACAGCAGGCAGAUAAGCUGCUGAAGAAACAUAAGGAUCUGCACUGUGCCAAGGUGCUGAAGGCGAUCGGUCUCCAGAGGACUGGAAAGCAGGAUGAAGCUUUCACUUUGGCCCAGGAGGUGGCCACCCUAGAGCCUACCGACGACAACUCACUUCAAGCUCUGACUAUACUGUACAGAGAGAUGCAUCGUCCGGAGUUGGUCACUAAGCUGUAUGAGGCUGCAGUGAAGAAGGUUCCUCUCAGCGAGGAGUACCACUCUCACCUCUUUAUGGCUUACGCUCGGGUGGGAGAGUACAAGAAGAUGCAGCAGGCAGGGAUGGCCUUGUAUAAAAUCGUCCCCAAGAAUCCAUAUUAUUUCUGGUCCGUCAUGAGUCUGGUGAUGCAGGCAAUUUCAGCACAAGAUGAAAAAUUGGCCCAAACUAUGUUCCUGCCUCUGGCUGAGCGCAUGGUGGAGAAAAUGGUGAAGGAGGAGAAGAUUGAAGCAGAAGCAGAAGUACAGCUGUAUUUUAUGAUCCUGGAGCGUUUGGGAAAAUGUGUUGAGGCUCUUGAAGUGAUCAGGGGUCCACUCGGGGACAAGCUGACCAGUGAGCUGCAGAGCAGAGAAAACAAGUGUAUGAUGCUCUACCAGCGACUACAGCGCUGGCCUGAGUGUAACGCCUUGGCCCACAAGCUGCUACUCAAAAAUCCUGAUGAUUGGCAGUUUUAUCCCGCCUACUUCGACUCUCUCUUCCACCUGAUUGAUCAGUCGUGGAGCCCGCCAGAAGAAGGCGAACACUGCUCAGAGGGUUCCGUACAUCACACUGUGGCUGAAGUGGUGAGGUUUGUGGAGGAGAGAAUUAAGGGCGAGGACGGCAAAGACUCUCGUUCGCUCAGAGGGCCGUAUUUAGCUCGGCUCGAAUUAAUGCACAGACUGAGAGAACGGGGCUGUCCUGAAGAAAGCCUGCUCGGUGAGCCUUUAGAGCUAAUGGUGCAGUUCUUCGGGAAGUUUGGAGACAAGCCCUGCUGCAUCACUGACCUGAAAAUAUACCUGCAUCUGCUCUCUCCUGAGCAGCACGUUCAGUUCAUUAAUCGUCUGAGUGAAGCAGUGCCACUGGGCGAGCAGGGGGAGGAAGGAUUUGCUUUUCCGGAGGACACCAAAGCGCUGCAGAGACAUUUGUGUGUGUGUCAGCUGAGUCGAGCGCUCGGGCUGCAUCACUCCCUCGACGUGGAUGGAAAACUGCGGCUUAUCACUGAGCUCAAGGCUCACUACCGUCAUGGGCUCAAGUUUGGGAAGAACGCAUUGAAGACGGAGCUGCAGUUCUCUGAUAUGUAUUGUCUCAUGGCAGCUCAAGUAUACGUUGACCUAUGGACAGAGACCGGGGAUGAGAGCAUGGCGUGGCAGAGUUUGGGCCUCCUUCAGGAGGGUCUAUCUCACAGCUCCUCUAACGCCCAGUUCAAGCUGCUGCUUCUGCUCCUCUACUGUCACCUGGGAGCCUUUGAGCCUGUUGUGGACCUUUACUCCAGCCUGGACGCCAAGCAUGUACAGCACGACACCAUAGGGUUUCUGUUAACACGGUAUGCUGAGUCAUUGGGUCAGUUUGCUGCUGCCUCCCAGUCCUGUAAUUUCUCCCUCAGGUUUUUCCAUUCUAACCAGAAAGAUACCUCAGAGUAUAUCAUCCAGGCGUAUAAAUACGGAGCGUUUGAGAAAAUCCCAGAGUUCAUUGCUUUGAGAAACAGGCUGAACCAGUCGCUGCAUUUUGCACAGGUCCGCACUGAAAGGAUGCUGCUGGACCUGUUCCUGGAGGCAGAUAUUGUGUUAAGUCUGGAGGAGAGUGUGAAGGCCAUGUCUUUGUCUGCAGAGGACGACAUCCCCUGGGAUAAUAUGAGGGAUAACAGAGACCUUACCGUUUUUACCAGCUGGGACCCUAAAGAGAGACAACUGACUGAUGAGCAUCGGCGUCAGUCUCUCGAAGAGGAGUCUGUGUGGCUGAGGAUACGUUCUCUGACGCUUCGCCUCCUCGCCUCGUUGGCUGCACUGGGACACACGCCAUCGCAACAAAAUUCUGAGAUAUCCAACGAGAACGGAGUCGGAGACAAGACAUCAGUCCUCAGCAGCCUGCUGUCUGAGCUCAACCAGACUCUGCAGACAGCGGCUCAGAUAGCAGAAAAAUGCAUACAGUAUCCAUUCUUGGGACCACCCUCCACCCGCCUGGCCUCAGCUUUGACCAGUGGGAGCUGUCAGUGUCAGGCUGCAGCCCUGCAGCUGUCUGUCCACCUGCAGGAGCUCGAGACGGCUGGACUUGAUGAGUCGUCGGAGCUUCAGACGCAGAUCUGUAACGGUUUCAAAUCAUUAGUAGUUCAGCUUCAAGAAAUACUGAAUAAAUGCAAAGGGGAUUUAUUGGAAAUGAAAGAAAGCAAAUUAAAAACCCGGCCCUCCUUAUUAGAAAACCUAAUCUUCUUCGUUGAGACGGUGUGCAUAGUCUUGUGGGUGGCUAGUUACUGUGCCAAGAUCCUUCGACCUCUCAAGACGAGUCUACAGAAGAAGAAAAAGAAGAAAAAGGAUGCAAACACAGCUCUGCCAGUGGUGGUGUGUGGCUUCCAGGAGCUGACGGGGAACUUACAGGACCUGCUCAACCAGGCUUUGGAGCAUAUAAAGGAGCAGGAAACUGGCAUGACAGCCCUUAAACUGGCCAGUUUAACCUUGGAAGGAUACACACAGGAGGAGGCGUCGUUUACGAAGGCUGCUAUGGACAAGGUGCAGAGCAGUUACCUGCGCUCGCUACAGGAGGUGGGAGAUCUGCUUAAGAAGAGAGCAGAAACUAUAAAGAGCCUCAAGAUCUGAACCUUAUCACUCACCCCAGAAUAACAUGACUGUACUCCCACCAUCAGCCCAAAAACCCCCCACACCACCACCUACUGUCAGCCCACCAGCUAACCUACGAGUCCCACCAACCCAACCCUCCUGUGCUCUCAAUCAUUUCUGACCUCCCUCCCUCUUUCCCACUCAACGUUUGUGAGCUCUCAGUCUGGAUUUUCUUUUUUUUUUUUUCUUCACUUCCACAUACACCUCUGGAACAUUUGCAACUCUUAUAGCACAUAAGCUUGUAAGUAAAGUCAUGAAUUUAUACCGCAGUUAUAAGUGAAAAUGAGGAAAAAAGACGCGCUCCUUUAAAAAAGUAUAUAUAGAUCAAAUUAGGAAAAAUGAAUACGCAGUUUUAGAAGAAACUAAUCUAAUAAAUUAUUGUACAUAGUGAAGAGCAACUACCACAGCUCCUUAUGAAUAUAAGACACAAUAAACCACUAUCCUGUUUGUUGGUCAGUUACGUUUCCUCUUUAUUCCUCACGUUGUUUUUUUCCAAUGAGAACAAUUGAAGUGAUACACACUCUAAACUCUGAGGAGGAAAGGUUCUUUUAUUGUGCUGCUUUUCCAGCCGUUUCCCUCCAAGAGGAAACAUGCACAAUUUUGCAUUAAACUUAUGCACUCUGUGGAAAUAUGGACACCUGGCUACCAGCAGAAAGCCUUCGGACUGAUGUUUCCCAUUUGAGAAUUAUUUUGUCACCUCUUUAUCUUCUUUUUACUUUCUUUUUUUCCCCCCCAUGUAUCUUGUGUGUGGCUUUGGUACUGUACCACCUCUGUAGUUGCAGUAUUAUAAAGAGCAAUGUUGGGAUGAGGUAAAUAACCAGGACUUUUUUUUUUAACUUGAAUUGUCUGACACUUUUUUUCUUUUUUUUUUUAAUAAUACUGGUAGAAGUGAUGCUUGUAAACAUUGUGGAAUUAGCACAAAGAAAAAAAUCAGGCAUCAGAAUCCUUGAAGGCUGGAGUGAAUUAUUUAAGAAACCACGUGCGACUAUCUUAACAUGAAUGUUCACCAAAAACAUGGCGUUUGGUACUGAUGCUGCAGGCGUGUCAGGUCUGUAUCAGUAUGUAACCACUGGAAGUCCAGUUUCAAUCAUGACUGUAGCUUUCAUAAAUACCCACAUACAGUAUAUAACAGAAGUGAUUACACCCCUGUGCAAUAACCCUUAAUUGUCCAAUGAUUCCAACUUUAUCACCUCUCAAUAAUGGUUUUAUUUUUUAGUUGAACAGUAGCUAUCUGCUCUUAUGUAAAGUUAAACAGUUCAGAUUUACUGUAUUAGAAAUGUAGGCCCCACAGUGGGAAUUCAAUGCAACAAGUCAGUAAACUUCUCGUAACUGAUUCAGAUCUUGGAUUUUAAAAUUAUUUUGUGUGUCCAACUUUGUUUUAAUGCCGGACUCCUUGCCGCACAGGAUACCGAAUUUGUGGAGAAAUGUUCUUCAGUUCUUUCAGCUGCUCUUUGCUGGAGGGGUUGGGUUGAUCUGCUUUUCUCUUUAUAACACCCUAAAGGUGGUUUAUUACAUUCAGGUUAGGCAACAUGCUUGUCCAGGUCAUAGCUUUCACUUUGUUCUUUAGACACAUUUGUGGGUUUUUUGUGCUUUGGAUGGUUAUUAUGCUGGAAUAUUCCUCUUCUGCCAAGCUGCUGCAGACUGGGAGUCACGUUGUCAACCAGUAUGUUGGUGCAUCUACAGACCUUCAUGGCUCCAUCUAUGCAUGUCACCUCUCCAACACCUUAACACUCACCUAUCACCACACUCUCACCUUUAGUGCUUCACUGUAGUAAUCUUAACCGGGUUCACACCAAACAUGCUGGACCUCAUGGGAGCCUAACACAUUUAUGUUGUUCAUCUGGCAAGAGAAUGUGUCCAAAUAUGAAUCUGGCUUUUUUUCACAUUCUUUAGCAAAGUUUAAUCCUGCGGUUUUAUACCGAACAGGAAGCAAGGCUUUUUUUUUUUCUUGGACAUCAUCCAUAGAGUUUGAUGUUAUAAAAUCUCCUUUACACUUUCUGAGCUGUCACAAAAACUAUUCACUAAUAAUUCCUGUGACAAGUAUGAAGCAGCUGCCCGUCUCUUUUUGUCACAGCUAGAUUGUGAAAGUAGUGCACUGUUUUUGCAUCAUUUUGUGAACACAGCAACUCUGAUUCGUACUACGGUUGGUUCUAUACCUCCUCAUAACUGCUGCAGCUCUGUUUCCACUCAUCUUUCAAAGCUCAUCGAUCUUCCUGUGUUCUUCUCCGUCUUUACGAAAUGUCGCAAUUCGAUUUUUCAUUUCCUCUGGCGAUUCUUGUCCGUGUGGAAAUGACAGCCCAUAGAUCCAAAAGUGAGCAAGUUCUGCUGUUUACAACUCAUUUUAAAACCACGAUUAUCUAGUUACACUAAAUCAGUUCGCUCCGUUUGUAUUUAUAAGUUGUUGCAUUGAGUUUCUACUUUUUUUUUUGGCUUGGAUUUUCAAUAUGAUCUUUUUAAAGGAUUUGUUUUUCAAUUGUCCAUUGGAGGAAAUAUUCUAUUUUUCAACUUGUCAAACAAAACAAUUAUUAAGAACUGAUACAAUUUCACAUCAUUUGACUUAAAAGUGACAUUACACAGGGGGGUACUCACUUCUGUUGUAGACUUUGUCGCAACAAAUACACCAGUUAAUGCGAUUUUAGUCCGUGUUUAAACCUAGAGCAGCACCAUUCAGAGGACAUCGACUCUGUUAUUUUCAGCCCACUUGCAGCUUUUUAGAAAUCCUGCUCUUUUGUCUCAAACCCAGCAAGAUGUGUUUCAAACAUUGGACCUAAUUUGUACAUAGAAGUCGAGGCAGCCUUCUCAGAAUACAGUGUGCAAGGAACUUUAGUGUGUUUUAAAAGCAGCUGCAGUAGAUACUAUGAGAUUUUUGUCCUGUGUUCAUGUUUUUGUCAUUCCCACUUUAGUCACCCAUCCCCCCGAAAAAACACAACUCGUGAACCAAAACAGUGUCAUCAGCUACAGCAUCUUAGUUUAUUAUAAAUCGCCGGUGACGGCUCACCCCGAGAAAAGAAGCAGACAGUUGUUUACAAGUGCAAGCACUGAUGGACGACUGCUGGCACUGCAGGUAGUGUGCAAUCGGGAUAUUUGUGUUACUGUUUUAUCCAGAAUUUGGUAGAGCAGUGUGAAAAUGUGAGUGAAUUGCUCUCCUCCCUGUAAGUCUUGUAUAUGCAUCUGCUAAUAAAUGCCUUUUUUUGAAGACUCAAGCCCAUCUGUUUGAAUGGACCCGCGGCUGAAGAGUAGAUGUUCAUGAUCUGACUACAUGUGUUGUUGUUGUUGACGUUCAGAAUAAUGGUUGACAAUCUGGAGUGUCAUCUCACCACCUUCUUUUGUUAGAAAAUGGAAAACAGAAACACUGGAAUGUCAAAGCUUUUUUAAAUAAAAAAAAAAAAGUAAAUGUGA